AUGGAUUUAUCCCAGUUUCUAGAGCGGGUUACUCCUCCGGAGAUUCAAAAAACUGUACAACGUUCGACAACCAAGACAACAGUUCCUGCGUACCCGCGGGAGUACCUGGCCGACUUGACCCCUUGGUUAGGAAUUGACGAGGAAAUUAAGGAGCUGCUCGAUCCACACUUGAACCACUUUUCACGACGCUUUCUCCGGGCAGCGGAAGUUAUCGAAGACAAGAUCGAUACAAAAUCGAUAUGUGCGAAUGAAAGUGAAGUUGUCACGCUUGGAUGUAUCGUGUAUGAGGAUCCGACUCUGGCAAUUUUAAGAGAGGUUUUCUCGAUCAGAUGUGACUUUACGAACCACCGGGCUACCAAUAACAUAGGUGAUCCCGAUCGUGUGUUCUUCACUUUCAACGACGAAACAACCAGAGAUCGAUCCCGAGCUAAAUUUUUGAUGGAAUAUAAAACACCCUGGGCCCUCAGGAUGCCCACGAACAUAAUAACCUACUUUAAUAGGAAAAGAGGGGACCAAAGUGAUAAAGUAGUCAAGGCCAUCAGUCAGUUAUAUGGCUACAUGACCUUUAAUAACCUGAUGCACGGUGGACUUUGUAACUACGAGGUAUUAUACUUGCUUCGUAGAACCGGUGAUACCGGUUUACAGAUUUCCCGCCCAUUUCUUUACAGUCAGCGGGGUAUUGAAGGCCCUAUCGCAGCGUUGACAUAUAUAUGUCAUUACUCCGCUACCGAAGAAACCUUUCACUACUCUCCCGUCGAAAGAGGGCCGCCCGGGAUUCACACAUUUGUGCUGGAUGACUUGGAAGUUGAGGGAACGUGGGACGAAGAUAUUAAAGUUCCUUGGGCCAAUAUGAAGCUACGUCUACUCUGCCCUGUUAGCAAAAACAUUGCGACUGUAAUGUCGGGUGAGGUAGUUCCCCGGCAACGUAGAAGGUUUAGAUACCAAAAAAAGGCGUUUUUCAAAGUCUACGACAUAACACAGCCUUCAAAUUUGGAAGCAGCCGACGCAGAAAUCAAUGCCUAUACCGAUCUCGAAGCCCUUCAAGGAAAAUACAUACCAACACUUUAUGCCGCAGGCACUACUUUAGGGUCACUCAAGUUCCUGGUUUUGGAGGAUUGUGGGGAGACUGCGACCGAUGAAAAUAUAGACUCAAGUUUUUGGAGCCGUGCACGAAAGGCUAUUGAUGCAGUGCAUGCAUGCGGGAGGGUUCACGGAGAUAUAAAAUUGGAAAACUUUGCCGUUUCGAAUGGUAUUGUGAAACUGAUCGAUUUGGGCUCCUGCCGUUUGGCAUCCGAGACUGAUCGAUCUCGGGAGCGUUCCAGUCUCCGUUUUUUAAAGAGAGACUGGGAAGAGACGCAAGUCGGUGAUUCUGAUCGCUGA